GAGUCUCUCUCUCUCUCUGUGUGUGUUAAUUUCUUCCGAUAAUCUGGAACGAGUGGUGAUGCUUGCUCACGUCUCCUUCAGCCCUCAAAAGAUCUUCUAAAGCAUAAAUACACACAGAUGUAUAUAUAGGUUUUCGACGAUGUCGUAUAGGCUUUCCGCUUUCCUUCAUCCAUUGCAAAUUCUACUCUGAAUUAAUCCAAAUUGGAGAUGACGACCGCGAUGCAAUCUCUGUCGGCGACGUCCUCUUACUCCGUCGGCUUUGGCUUCCCCCCUAAUUUCACUACUCCUCAAACGCGCCUCCAUCGUCGUCCUGUCGUAGUAAUCGCGAAAGCUGAUGAGCCAUCAGAUAAGUCUGUUGAGAUUAUGCGUAAAUUCUCAGAGCAGUAUGCUCGUAAAUCUGACACGUUUUUCUGCGUUGACAAAGGUGUUACUUCUGUAGUUAUCAAGGGGUUGGCAGAUCAUAGAGAUACAUUGGGUGCACCACUUUGUCCUUGUAGGCACUAUGAUGACAAAGCUGCAGAAGCAAGUCAAGGCUUUUGGAAUUGCCCUUGUGUACCCAUGAGAGAAAGGAAGGAGUGCCAUUGCAUGCUUUUUCUCACGCCUGAUAAUGAUUUUGCUGGCGAUGAACAGGCUAUUUCCUUGGAAGAAAUCAAAGAAUUGACAGCAAACAUGUAGUUGCCUAAUUUUUUUCCAAACAAAACAAGCAAUCGUUCAUGUAUAUUUAUAUGUUAAAUGCUAAAUGAUUAUAUAUCAUAUUAUAUCAUCAAUCUUCAAUCUA